AUGGAGGGGAUGAAGAAGUGCAUGAAGAAAAUGUUUUCAAGGAAAUUCAGGGAGUACGUGACGGACUACUGCAAGAGGAAUGGCCUCCUGACUCUCUCGGUCUUUGCUGUGGUGACGGGCUGCGUGCUUGGAUUCCUCCUCAGGUCAUUCAACCUGUCCACACAGGCCAAGAUCUACUUCUCGUUCCCGGGAGAGCUGCUCAUGAGGAUGUUGAAGAUGCUUAUUCUGCCUCUCAUCACUUCCAGUCUUAUGUCCGGCCUGUCAGCCAUGGACACCAAGGCGAGCGGCCGCCUCGGAGUCCUGACCAUCACCUACUACCUGUGGACGACCUUCAUCGCCGUCAUCGUUGGCAUCGUGCUGGUGCUCAUCAUUCACCCGGGGACGGGCUCCGAGAAAGAAGGUCACCAUGCGAGUUCAGGGCCUGUGAUGACCUCCGCUGACGCUCUGCUGGACCUCAUCAGGAACAUGAUCCCGUCGAAUCUAAUCGAGGCAACUUUUCAGCAGUACCGGACAGAUUUGGUGCCCAUCGUGCAAAGCUCUGAUUCAAAGGAGUCCCAGGCCAACUAUGUGUACGUAAUGCCCGACUACCACAACCCUCGCCUGGGCCACCCGGUCUUCCUGGAGAUCACCCCUGCGCCUGACAUCAAGUAUAAGAUCGUGCCCAGUACGAGCAAGGGCAUGAACGUGCUGGGGAUCGUCAUCUUCUCGGCCACCAUGGGUCUGCUGCUGGGGAAGAUGGGAGAGCGUGGCGCACCGCUGGUCAACGUGUGUCAGUGCAUCAACGAGUGCGUCAUGAAGAUCAUUAACGCAGCUAUGUGGUACUUCCCCUUCGGUAUUGUGUUCCUUGUGGCCGGGAAGAUUCUGGACAUGCACGACCCCGCCCACCUGGGAGAGAAGCUGGGCAUGUACUUCAUCACAGUCCUGUCCGGUCUGUUUGUGCACGGCCUCAUCCUGCUGCCGCUCUUCUACUUCUUCUUCACCCGCAAGAACCCCUUCCCGUUCAUCAGAGGGCUGCUGCAGGCUCUUGUCAUUGCACUGGCCACGUCAUCCAGCUCGGCCACUUUGCCAAUCACCAUGAAGUGUCUUCUGGAGAACUGCGGAGUGGACCGGCAGAUCGCUCGCUUUGUGCUGCCAGUGGGAGCGACCAUCAACAUGGACGGGACAGCUCUGUACGAAGCCGUAGCGGCCAUCUUCAUCGCUCAGGUCAACGAGUACGACUUGGACUUUGGCCAGCUGGUCACCAUCAGUAUAACGGCGACGGCAGCCAGCAUCGGGGCAGCUGGGAUACCUCAGGCAGGUCUGGUUACAAUGGUGAUUGUCCUGACCUCGGUGGGGUUACCGCCUGCUGACAUCUCGCUGAUCGUGGCCAUCGAUUGGGUUCUCGAUCGCUUCCGCACGAUGAUCAACGUUCUUGGUGAUGCCUUAGCUGCUGGGAUCAUGGCUCAUUUAUGUAAGAAGGACUUUGAGAAGGCAGCCGACACCAGCACAGAACUUGCCACCAUGGUUGACAACAACGGAGGGGGCCCCACACGGGUGAGAAGGACAAGAGACACAGUGAUCUCCUUUGGGAAUCAGAGCGUGGCGAUGUCCGAUGCCCCUCUGAUCACACACCGCUGCGAUUACGUGUUCGAGGUGGACGGAGACCACGUGCUGGAGAGGCCUGUGGCCUGCUACAACCUCUGCCAGGUCUGAAGCGCUUCCACUAGACGGACAGCGAGUCAUACUGCCUUCUACGGAGAUUCACCUCUCAGGAUGGAAGGGGCUGAAGUCCGAGGCCCUGCGAAUCCAAGUUGGGUUUCCAUCCUAAAUGAGAGUAACGAUUGAGUGUGUUGGUGUCGGAGUUACACGGUGUAAAUGGAGUUUUGCCUGUGCCAUGACGAAAUCAAAAAAUAACCCUCCAUUACUUGACAUUCAUUGUACGUGUGUGUCUAUUCAGUUGUGACUGGAUGAUGGGUUGUGAGGAUACGCAUUAAGUUUCAGAUGAAAUCUCACUACUGUGUUGCAGCGACAUGCAUUACAUGAUUCAUGUGUAUCAGUUAGAUGAUCACAGUGGGCCUGUUUCUAAUGAGGUUCCACUACAGAUCUAGAUUUAAGUCAAGGUUCUGAGUUGCCUUAACUCUCAGUUCUGAAAAUGAAACUGAGAGCCUGACUGACUUGAAAGCAAACCGGAAGUAAAAGAUGAGACUCACAUUCAUUUUGUUGAGCUGAACCUUUAUGUUGUCUAUGGAUAGUUAUUAAAGCAACACUCACAAAACAUAUUUACAUUAUAGUACAAAGAAGUCACUUUAAGAGUAUUUGUUUUUAUACA